AUGUUGUUACAAAAAGGAUACGUAACUACGAGACGUCGAAUUAUAAUUGCUGGUUUGAUACUGUUUCUUGUACUCUAUGUGUUUACGUCGUGGUCUGAGCCUGCGGAAGAUAUUUCAUGUCAUUACUUAGAGGUGGAUGAUGCGUUACCAUCUGCAGAUGAUUACAGCUUUUCUCCUUCGGAUAAAUCUAUUUUCUUUCACGAAACUUCAUGUACAGCAAAUUUGACUUCUAGACAAUCGUGCGCAAUAGAAUCAGCAGCGCGAGCGCAUAGAUAUUUUGAAAUCCAUGUGUUGUUCAGCUCCCCAGUCAGUGAAGCUACUCUUCAUGAGUCGAAUUUAAAAGAGCUAACUAUAUUCGAUAAUAUUAGAUUUUCAAGAAUACAUAUAGUCAAAUAUGCUGAGGGAACGCCGGUGGCUGAUUUAGUGAAAAGUGGCGCGUUAAACAGGACUCAAUGGAAAAUCUCGCACACGUCAGACGUGUUAAGGUUCUUGACUUUGUACAAGUGGGGUGGAAUUUAUUUAGACUUGGAUGUUGUAGUCGCUAGGACCUUAGACCACCUUGCAAAGAAUUGGGCGGCGAGAGAAAGUAACACUGCUGUCGCUACUGGAGCUUUAGCGUUUUCGCGUGACGAAAUCGGUAGGAGUAUUGCAACGGCUACGAUCAGAGAAAUCCAGACAAACUUCAGAGGCGACAAAUGGGGCUACAAUGGCCCCGGGGUCAUUACACGCGUUCUUAAGAAAAUGUGUACUACCAACAACGUUACUCUUAUGUCGGCUGCAUACUGUGGAGGAUUCGAAGUAUAUAAACCAGAGUUCUUCUACCCAAUAAAGUGGCAGCAGGAAAGAAAUAUUUUGAGGCGGGCGAGUUGA